AAGUAAUUUGAGAAAAAAGGGAGAAUCGGAGAGCAAGAAAGAGGAGAGAGAGAGAGAGAGAGAGAGAGAGAGAGAGAGAGAGAGAGAGAGAGAGAGAGAGAGAGCAACAUCUGCUGGGAUUUUAUAGCUAUAUUUAUAUACUGCAAAUAGAGACUGUCUGCAGAAAUAUGCUCAUCAAAGAGUUCCGAGUGAUCCUGCCGAUUUCCGUGGAGGAGUACCAGGUGGGCCAGCUGUACUCCGUGGCCGAGGCGAGUAAAAACGAGACGGGAGGCGGAGAGGGCGUGGAGGUGCUGAAGAACGAGCCCUACGAGAAUAACGGAGAGAAAGGACAGUACACACACAAGAUCUACCAUCUCCAGAGCAAAGUCCCGGCCACCGUGCGAAUGCUGGCUCCAGCGGGGGCGCUGAAUAUCCACGAGAAGGCCUGGAACGCAUACCCCUACUGCAGGACCAUUAUCACGAACGAAUACAUGAAGGAUGACUUUCUGAUUAAAAUCGAAACCUGGCACAAACCAGACCUCGGAAAGCAGGAAAACGUCCACGGGCUGGACCCAGACACCUGGAAGAACGUGGAGGUGGUCUACAUCGACAUUGCAGAUCGAUCCCUGGUGCACCAAAGGGAUUACAAACCCGAUGAAGAUCCGUCAAAAUUCAAGUCUGCGAAAACAGGCCGUGGUCCGCUGGGCCCUGAUUGGAAGAAAGAGCUCUCCCAGAAGACAGACUGCCCCCACAUGUGCGCCUACAAGCUGGUAACAAUCAAGUUCAAGUGGUGGGGCCUCCAGAACAAAGUGGAGAACUUCAUACAGAAGCAAGAGAGACGUCUCUUCACGAAUUUCCACCGGCAGCUGUUCUGCUGGAUCGACAAGUGGAUUGAGCUGACCAUGGAGGACAUUCGCCGCAUGGAGGACGAGACCAAGAAAGAGCUGGACGAGAUGAGAGUGAAGGAUCCAGUAAAAGGCAUGACUGCGACAGAAGACUGAGGCGAGGGGCUGUCUGCACUAUCUGUAUAAAGACCAUGUCCAGGACACCAGCGUUGUCGCCCUAUCGAUUUUUUAUUUUUUAAUGGCACAGCUUGUGGGUAGCCACUCUCUCUCUCUCCACAAUGUGGCAACGAUAAUUUCAAAAUCAACAACCCGACAAACUAACUGCUCUAUUGUGGUGACCAGAGAGCUGUUUAAAAAAACUGAAAAAAUAUAUAAGCACUACAUUUUAGCAUAUAUAUAUAUAUAUAUAUAUAUAUAUAUAUAUAUAUAUAUAUAUAUAUAAUAUUAUUAACAAACUAUUAUUAUGAGAGACAGAUAUAUAUAUAUUAGAGGCAGAUAUAUAUUGAUUUUGAUGUAAUAAUUGAUGUUCAUUCAUAUUCCUGUGUGUUAUUAGGACCAGGCUGAAUCUGUUUUAUUUGAUCGUAUUGUGCACUGUUUUUCUGUGUUUAGUUUUAUUCUAGAUCAUUGCUUGUUGAAGAGUAAUAGCGCUAUGGUGACGUUGUGAAGUGUUUUUGUCGUUUCUUCUUCAAUCAGGGAUAAACGGGUCUGUUACGCUUGCGUUUCAUGUGCUCCCCUCGGAGACCCACACAUUAGCGACAGGGAAAAGCGACAGUGAUCCCGUUUCUGUCCAGUUGAAUAGUGACAUGUUUUUUUAUCGCAGUCAAUGGCAGCACCCAGUGAAGACACAUUAUUUUGAAACCCUUUGAAUCUUUAAACAGAAUCAAGUACAGCCUGGAUGCAUUGAUAUCCUGUAUGUAUGCAUGCCUAAGUAUAUAUAUAUAUAUAUAUAUAUAUAUAUAUAUAUAUAUAUAUAUAUAUAUAUAUAUAUAUAUAUAUAUAUGCUUACAUACAUGUAGGUAUGGAGGUAACAUAUUAACACGCGCCCAAAUAAUUCACAUGACUAUUUCAAAUGUAGGGCUUUCAAAUCAAAUUGUGGGCAUUUCAGAUCUUGCCAGUGGGUUACGAAAAAAAGCACUGUGAGGUUGUGAGGUGGGCUGAGAGAAUUACUCCGAGUCAGGCUCUCGAGAGGCGAUUUAAUAAAGAAACAUUGAAAGCAAUUAAACACCCCGAGGAAUCAGAGCGGAAGAACCCAGGGAUCUAGAUCUGGAGAUCUGGAUUCCAGUUUACACCUCCUGACCAGGACUCGCUUUAUCGUCACAGCAUUGAAACCACACGGGCAAGACAGGGGGGGUGGUGUAGGUGGUGGGUAUUGAUUUCUGUUGUAUUCGAUUGCUUGAGUGUUGGGAGUACAGUUUGUAAAUAUUUGACAGGAGCAAUGAGUAAAGCCAGUGUGCUGUAAUGACGCAUCCUUGACAUCAAUACCUCCGUGCUGUCCGCGUUAUUGGUAAAGCAGUCGGGUCCAGUUAAGACAAUCCGAGUGAGUGCCGCUGCAGUUCCUCUUGCAUGCACAGUAGGGGGCGCUCUAACGCCUUCUCAGUGCAGGCGUCUUUCACAAGCACCAAAAUGAAGCACAAAAACGCAAUAAAUGUGGCUCCUCGGCUCUGUGCCUGGAGCUAAUCUAUUAUCGGCAUGCCAGCAGCCUGUAUUGAUGAACAAGAAUUGAUAAAAAUCAUCAGCAGUAAAAUAUAAGUACAGUUUUUGGGUGAUCCUAGUAUCCGGUGACUCUCUUAAAUGUUCUUGAUUGACUGGCAGGCAAACGGACUGCAUGCAUUUUGUUUUACCCAAACGAUGUUCCAGUAUUUUCAAUUCCUCUUUGAGGGGAGCCCAUACAAGCUGUGAAUACUGCGUGUGACACAGCCUGGUGCACUUUAUUUUUCCGUCCUGUCACUGAUGUUUAGAGAUGUACAGGACACAUAGACAUCGUUCAGUCUGGGCAUAGAUCCAUGCUUUCAUUUGCCUCGCUGAUGCUGUUCUGAAUAUUAACCUCCAGAACACAGAGGAUCUGCUUACUGUGGCCCAGACGUAGAAGAAGUUCUGUGUUGUGUUUCUGGUUUUAGUUGUGUCGUUUACCAGCAGUAGGGUUUUUAUAGGAUUGCUUUAGGUUUGAUAUCAUGUCUCCCUCCCUCUCACAGGACUGGAGGAAAUCCUCUCCUCCAGCACCUUGUUCUGUGCAGCACAGUAACAAAUCAACUGUCCUGACCCUGCUGCGAAGUGAGCAGACUUACUGCUCUGUGGUUCUUGAGCUGAUGCUGGAGGGGAAGCUGUUGUGCUUUAGCUCUGUGCAGAGUAGCAGGCAGCUGAUUUAUUUUAAUAACAUGUUUACAGAGGAGGAUGCAGGUGCAAGACUUGUGAGCCUCUCUCUCCUCAAGAGAAUCUCCUGUAAUGUUAGUAGAGACUGAAGCUGUGCAGAGCGGUCUGAAACACAUCGCGUGCCUCUUCCAGCCUGAGAUUGAUCAGCUGCACACGUAGGGCUGCUUUUGGGAGAUGCUUCGAAAGGAAGGCUUAGAAGAAAGGGUAGUGCCGUCCUGCUGAAUUGAACCAGAGUCUUUUUUACUGUGGGGGGUGAGGGGUCCAGAGACCCUGCAAUUAACGUGGUCUAAUGUGAACCCACAAAAAUGAGCGUUUAAAAAAAAACAAAAACAAAAAAAACUUCAGCAAAACAUUUGAAGUCUGGACGUCAUUUUUCUGAACUGAAAACAAUAAAAGCGAGUAAAACUACUCUUAGGUUUGGAAAGCAAGCCCUGUGUCCCAGCCUUCUGCAACCUGUAAAAAAACAAAUUAAUAAUCUGUUUUAAAACAAUCAUGCUGUGGAGUCUUAGAGAGGAAUCAAGUAGACAGCUUGCAUGCAUAAGAGACGAGUUCUUAGAGAAAAGAAAAAAAACGCACAAAAGUCCCUUGUGUUGCUCUUGCAGAAAUCAUGACCUAAUCCAUCUCAAGCUAGUUUACACUGUGAUCCGGGUCCUGUUGAUAGGGUAUGGUGAAAGUCGACAUUCCUCAUGGAAUUUGGCAGAAUCGUAUUUAAGGUUCUUAUAAGAUUAUGGUUACAGCAUUCGAGGUGCCCCAGUAAUUCUGUAGGAUUGUUUCAGUCUAGCUGAUAAAAGAUUUAGCCGUCUUGCAAACGGAUGCUUAUAACCAAGCAACUUGAGCCUUUCUUCAAAGAUCAUAAUGAGGGUUUUUUUUAGCACUUGAAGAAACAUAACAUAACAUGUUCACAGCGGUCUGUCCUUUUAAGUUCUCAUCAGAUCCUGUAAAGAUCCUGUGCAGAUGUUCUUAAGUGUUUGUAGAAUGGAAGCACAGUGCUACUCUUUGAUCUGUCUGCACUGAGUUUACUAGCUCUUUGGUGGGACCAGUGGAGCCAGGCUUAGGAAGGAGGAAGGGGCAUAGUGUAGUUUACAAAAAAACUUUUUUCUGACGAUUACCCCCUUACCCUCUCCUGCCUUUUUUUCACCUGCUUAAGGUGUGGGUGCUAGUUUUACAUCUCAUCAGAAGCAGUCCAAAACGAUUUCACACAAAAUAGGUUUGAUUCCCCAGAAAUAAGGCUCCCAUUGCAUAGCAGCCUGAUCCAUUCACCAUGAGUUUAAUCAGACACACCUGUGCUUGUUUAGCUAUACACCGUGGGCUGGUCAAGCUCAUAGUAAAACCUGGACUGGAUGAAACUGCUGUGCAAUAGGAGUCUUCUUGCCAUCCCUGUAUCCUACUGAUCUCUAUACCACCACUGACGUGUUUACAAUGUGUGUACCAAGAUGAAAUCAAACCUCUGACAUUCCCUUUGCGUCUGUCGUGCAUUUUUUGUCAGUGCUGCAGAGAGAUCCUGUUCAGUGCUUUGAAAGCAUGGCAGUAUUUGGAUCAGAGAUCGUGAUCAAUCGACCAGAACACAGUUUGUGUUCAAUAGCACCACGUGAACCGUUCUCGGGUCACGCUAUCACUUUUUAAGGGUUUGAGUUUCUUCUUAAUCAAAUGCAUUCCUGUGUCUGUUUUGUAACUUGUUAUUCUCUGUGUGACGAGCUCAAUGUUAUUUAGAGUGUUGUAAUCACAGUCUCUGUUUCUGUAAUUAUAUGAUCCAUAUAAAAAAUCUUAAAACAAAGUAUAUGUACUGUAUAUAAUAUUAUAUAUGUCAGAAAUCCCCUUCCAAUGCACUCUGAUCUAUUUAAGUCACUUCAGUUAGUAGAUUGUGUAGAAAUGUAUUCAAGUUUCUUGGUCUGAAGAUUCCAAUCCAGCUUUUUUGUCAGGAUGGUGUGCGUGUGUAUAUAUUUACAUAUCGUUUGUUCUGUUUGUUUACAUUCUGUAAGACUCUAGAACCGCUCGUUACAGAAUUCGUUACAGAAUUAUUAAUAUGUCCUUUAUUUUGAUGUUUUGUUUUGGUUUUUCCCUUGAUUCAGAUCUGGCUCUUCUAGCACAGCAAAACGUGAAAGGAAUAUGAGCCUUAAUAAUAAUAAAUAUAAUUAUAAUCGUACUAACUGACCAGUGGCUCGUGGAUCCAGAGGCUGGACUGCACUGAUUACAAGGUGGAACUGUUCAAGAGGCUGCUCUGUGUUACUCUGAACUGUGCAGGAGGAUUUUAAUAGAAGCUGUCUUUUUUUUCUCUUUUUCUUUUAAAGUGAGUUUGUGCCUUUUUGUCAUCUAAUCUUCCAAUACAGGAAUAUUGGAAUAAAGCAAAUAAAACUCUACACUAACA